AUGGAUUUGAGUAGCUUCCUGCCGUUGGGGCAAGAUUCUUUGCAGCAGGGCUCGGAUGGGUUCGACGAUCUGUCUGCUUUGAUCAACCAUCAUCCUUCUUCGUCGGAGUACAAUGCCAAUGCGGCGGCCCCUGAACAGCCGAUGAGGGCGGCUUCAAGUUCGGGAAGUGGUCGGAGCGGUUUGCCAGUGCCGCACCACAUACUGGCGGAGAGGAAGCGCAGGGAGCAUUUGAACAAGCAGUUCAUUGCUCUUUCUGCCAACAUACCGAACCUGAAGAAGGGAGACAAGGCGACUGUGCUGGGAGAGGCGAUCAAGUACAUCAAGCAGCUUCAGGAGAGGGUGAACGAGCUGCACGAGAAAGCCAAGAGGACGUUGGUGGAGUCCAUCAUCUUCGUGAAGAAGUCCCAGAUGGAGAUUGAUGAGGAGUUCGUGAGUCGGAUUGGUGAUGAUAAUUUGAUCCCGGAAGUGGAAGCGAGAGGCUUAGAUGAGAACGUGCUGAUCAGGAUUCACUGCGAGAAACAUCACGGUCUGCUAGCCAGAGUUGUUAGGGAAGUAGAGAAACUUCACCUGACUGUGCUAGCCAUCAAUGUCGUGCCUUUCGGGAGAUGUUCCUUGGAUGUAACGCUUGUGACCAAGAAAGACAUUGACUCCACGAUCUCGAUGCAGGACGUAGUAAGAGACUUGCAGCCGGUGCUACUAGGCUGCAACUAA